GUAAACAUUUCAAAAGAUAUAAACAGGACGCUGCUUCUGAAACACAAUCUUGAUCUUCAGUUAUCUCUCGCGCGGAAAGCUUUUGUUUUGUAAGAAGUAAUCGAUAGUCGGAUAGAGAAAAACGAGACUAAUAAAAUGCAAAUAUGAAUGCUUGCCAAGAGGUUGCAGCGUCAACUACCAAAUUGUUGGAUGCUUCUAAAUACAAUCUACGAUGUAAUCGCAAUAUCAGUGAGAAAAUGACGAAGAAAGACUUUAUUUACAACAUCCCUACAUGUGUGCAGUCAACAAGAAAGUUUGAAAUGCAGAAGCAACCAAUUAUCCUACUACGACGAAAAGAGAUUGGCAAUUCCAAAAUGCCGCAUUACACUGUAAUUUCCGAUAAAAUGAUAGACGACGGUGGUAGCAGUGAUGCGACCGUUGCUGCCAAUCGACGUACUUUAAAAUACGCGUGUAAUCUCUGUCAGGAACCAAUUGCUACUUUACUUUCUCUGUCCACUCACGUCAAAUUUCACUGCCAGAAAUACUGUAAAAUAUGCUAUUGGAUUCUCCGUGAAAACGAAACGAUGGAGCGACAUAUCAAUAAUCAUCACCGAAUUUCCGAGGAUCAUAAGUUCGUAGUAGCUAAGAACUCGUUUAAGAAUAUUCUCGUUGCAAAUUGUAUUAAUCCAAAUAAAAAAGGAAAAUAAAAUAGGAAAUAAUAGGAAUGAAAUUAAACGAUGGAAAAAUAGAUUUUUCUGCUUUGAUUAAAUCUAGGACACUGUGUACAUAUCACAGGAUGUAAAAAUGCGUUUUGUUGUAAUAUCUUUGUUAUAAUACUUAUUAUUUUUCUUAUAUUUUUGAAACAUGAAUAACACUAUGUGUAAUUAUAUUUUAUUCUCUCACGUUUAAGAUUUAUUUGUCACGUGAGAAGCCAAUAUCACGGACAGACUGUUUCAUCAAAAAAUAAAAGGAUUGAACUGAGAAGAUUGUCGUUUUUUAGCUAGCAUCCAUGAAACACACAUACAUAUUUUAAAAUUCUAACGACUAUGAAUAAUGUUGUUCUAAAAAAAUUAUGAUUAUCAGAUUGUCGGGUGAAUGAACGUAAGAGAAAUUCUCGGGGGAGAGAAAAAGUUAGAGAGAAGGGAAAUAAUUUAUAUUCAUGCAGAUAAUUUAUCUGAAAGAUAAAUCAGGUUGCAUGCUUUCUAUUUUUCCUUCAUGAGGAAGAUUAUUUUAAAACUCAUAAAUUUUUUCUGGAUUGUAAAAUCCGGACAAUCUUCUUGGAUCAGCGUUAUUCUUAUUUUAUUAAUUAUUCUUAAUUUAAAAUUAUACUAUCGACGAACUUAUGUAUU